UCGUACACAAGACUAGGCAAGCUAGCUGCUCCAGCGUUUUCCUUUCCUUACAGAAUUUAAUGCUUUUAUCUCAAGAAAAGGUCCUCGUUUAGGUCAUGGCUUUAUGUGUUUUUAAUUCGGCACUAAAGAUGGCUUCUUCUCCGUUUGUAAUGUUACAUGUUAUUCUCAUCUGCGUCACUUUGCAUUGUAACAGUCUGGCCGAGGCUAAAAUGAAUCCCAGAGCGAAUAUAGUUUUAAUCCUGACUGAUGAUCUAGAUGUGUCUAUCGGUGGAAUGAUCCCUUUGGUGAAGACUAAAAAGCUGAUAGGUGAUGCUGGGAUAACCUUUACAAACACGUUUGUCGCCAGUCCCCUUUGCUGUCCCAGCCGGGCGAGCAUCCUGACGGGCAAAUAUCCUCAUAACCAUCAUGUGGUCAACAACACGCUGGAGGGCAACUGCAGCAGCACUGCAUGGCAGAAGACCCAAGAGCCCGAGACUUUCCCUGCCUUCCUUCAGAAACACGGCAUCUAUCAGACCUUCUUUGCUGGGAAGUAUCUGAAUGAGUACGGGAAUAAAAAAGCAGGAGGUGUGGAGCACGUUCCUCCAGGCUGGGAUCACUGGUUCGCCCUGGAGAGAAACUCCAAAUACUACAACUACACGCUGUCGGUGAACGGCAGGGAGCAGCGGCAUGGACAGAACUACAGCGAAGAUUACCUUACAGAUGUUCUGGCCAAUAUUUCCAUCGACUUCCUGGAAAACAAGUCAAACCGCAGGCCUUUCUUCAUGAUGGUGUCCACACCAGCCCCUCACUCGCCCUGGACAGCCGCUCCUCAGUACGAGAGCAGUUUCCCCAACGUUAAAGCACCAAGAGACCCUAACUUUAACAUACACGGCAAGGACAAGCACUGGCUCAUCAGACAAGCAAAAACGCCCAUGACCAACUCUUCAGUGGAGUUCUUGGAUAACGCCUACAGAAAACGGUGGCGUACUUUACUAUCUGUAGACGACCUGGUGGAGAAGGUGGUGAGAAAGUUGGAGGUCAGAGGAGAGCUAAGCAGCACCUACAUCAUCUUCACCUCUGACAAUGGAUACCACACAGGCCAGUUUUCUCUUCCAAUGGAUAAGAGGCAACUCUAUGAAUUUGAUAUCAGAGUUCCUCUUUUGGUGCGAGGGCCUAAUAUCAAACCCAACCAGACAAGCCCGUUACUUAUAGCAAAUGUGGAUUUGGGUCCAACAAUCCUGGAUAUCGCAGGAUACAGCGUCAAUGAAACUCAGAUGGACGGGAUGUCAUUUCUUCCCAUCAUGACCAGUCAAGGGAACAGCAGCACGUGGAGAUCUGAUGUACUGGUGGAAUAUGAGGGAGAAGGAAGCAACAUCUCAGACCCAGCCUGCCCUUUGCUGGGCCCCGGGGUCUCGGAGUGCUUCCCCGACUGUGUGUGCGAAGACUCGUACAAUAACACGUACGCCUGCGUUCGCACAGUAGCACAGGCCGCCAACUUACAGUACUGUGAAUUUGAUGAUAAUGAGGUGUUUGUGGAGGUCUAUAACCUGACAGCAGACCCGUUUCAGCUGAGUAACAUCGCCAAGAGCAUCGAUCAGGAAGUCCUGGAGAAGAUGAACCACCGUCUCAUGAUGCUGCAGUCCUGCUCGGGACAGUCCUGCAGAACGCCAGGCGUCUACGACUCACAGUUCAGGUUUGAUCCUCGGUUGAUGUUCAGCAGCCUCGUGCCUCACAGAAACAAACGACGACAGACGCUGAAGUAGAGCGUGGAGAGGUUUACAGGAACAAGACACAUGGAGGGAAUGAAUAAAGGGCACUGAAAAACAAGCCCUCUUGCUCCCUUUAUAUCCGGCCCGGUCUCUCCUCUGAUGAGGUCAUCAGGGUGCGCCCAGGGUACCAAACACACCACAGACACGACCUUCAUCCCCUCCAGCUCUCAUUCACAUCAGAUUCCUCUUUAUUCUCAAUUAACGUUCAGUUUUGCUGCUUUAACACAGGAUAUUGUCUUUAUUGUAAUGUUUUUGAAAAUGUUGUUUUACUUUUGCUUUAAACCGUCUUGAGUUUUCCAAUUUUGUAAUGCAUUUGAAAAUUGUUGGGAUAAUUUGUUUGUUUGCCAGAUGUGUCUGAAACAUUCCACUCCACAUCUUCAGUUAUAAAAGAAUUCACAACUCUACUAAGCCUGCCUUUUAUGAUCAACACUGAGAAUGGAAGCUUGUUUUUUGGCUACAGGAUCAAAAAUAAAAAAGGUCAUUGCAACUUUUUAUCGUACAAUU